CGCGACGACCGCAUCUUCGCGCGGCUCCUCGACGAGGCCGCGGGCCUCGAGGGCUCGCCGCUCCUCGGCCCGGCCGUGCAGUCGCAGAUCCUCAAGUCCGAGGACCUCGCGGACGCCGUGGGCGAGGUGCUCGCCUGCCGCCUCGCGCGGGCGGCCUCGUGCAUCAUGCUGCCACGGGCCGAGCUCAAGGAGGCCUGCGUGCGCGCUCUGAGGGACGACCCGAGGGUCGGCGCGGACGUCACGGCGAUCCUCGCCAGGGACCCCGCGGCCAUCUCCUACCUGCAGUGCGUCAUGUUCUUCAAGGGCUUCCACGCGACGCAGGCCCAGCGCGUCUCCGCCGACUUCUGGCGCGGCGGCGACCUCACGUCGAAGCACGUCGCGCUCGCCAUCCAGAACCGCGUCUCCGAGCUCUGGGCCGUCGACAUCCACCCGGCCGCGUCGCUGGGCGGCGGCUUGUUGAUGGACCACGCCACGGGUAUUGUGAUCGGCGAGACGGCGGUGAUCGGCGACAACUGCACGAUCCUCCACUCGGUGACUUUGGGCGGCACGGGCAAGGACCGCGGCGACCGCCACCCCAAGGUCGGCGACCGCUGCACGCUCGGCGCGGGGGCGACCGUGCUGGGCAACAUCAGGGUCGGCGACGGCGCGACCGUCGGCUCCCAGGCCGUCGUGACCAAGGACGUGCCCACGGGCAUGACGGUCAUCGGC